AACAGGAAAAGGAAAAGAAAAUGUAUUCAAACCAAAUAGCGAAAGGUGAAGAAUUGGAACAACAAGCAGAAAAAAAAUUAAACAGCCGUUGGGCCUUCUUCGGUUCCAAACAUGAAGAUGCUGCCGAUUUUUAUGAAAAAGCUGCCAAUUUUUAUAAACUUGGAAAAGCAUGGGAUCAAGCAGGGUCGGUUUAUGUCAAAUUGGCCGAGUGCUAUUUGAAGUUGGAUAGCAAACAUGAAGCUGCUAAUGCCUAUGCGGAUGCAGGUCAUUGCUAUAAGAAAACAAACACUACAGAGUGUAUAACUCGGCUGGAGCAAUCAUUGGAUUUAUUCAUGGAAAUUGGGAGGCUUAGCAUGUCUGCCAGGUACUGCAAGGAAAUCGCCGAGUUAUACGAACAGGUCCAGAACUUUGAGCAAGCUAUGGUUUACUAUGAUAAAGCAGCUGAUCUUUAUCAAGGUGAAGAAGUUAGCAGUUCUGCAAAUCAAUGCAGGCUGAAAAUUGCACAAUAUUCAGCUGAACUCGAACAAUAUCAGAAAGCAAUCGAGAUUUAUGAAGACAUAGCAAGACAGUCAGUCAACAAUAAUCUGCUUAGACAUGGGGCUCGAGGGCAUCUACUCAAUGCCGGCAUUUGCCAACUAUGUAAAAACGACGUUGUUGCAAUUACAAACGCAUUGGACAAAUAUCAGGAUAUUGAUCCAACUUUCGGAGGAACACGUGAAUACAGAUUGCUUGCGGACUUGGCUGCUUCGAUUGAUGAGGAAGAUAUUGAUAAGUUUACAGAGGCAAUCAAGGAAUUUGAUAGCAUAACUAAGCUUGAUGCAUGGAAGACAACUCUUUUGUUAAGAGUGAAGGACAUGUUAAAGGCCAAGGAGUUGGAAGAGGAUGAUCUUACUUGAGUCACUUUUCUUCAGACAAUGUCAAAUUACUCUGUUAAUUCAUCGUUGCGUUUUGAUUGCCUGUUGUUGGCCUCAUUAUAAUAGCCUAGUUAAUAGUAUGCUUAUUUUUCUACUGAAUAUGUGAUUGUCAAUUUGAAGACUUACCAUACAAACAAUU